AUGAUCGUCGGUCGGGCUGAGGAAGUUCCAGACGAGAGCGCUUCGCUCAUAUGCGUCUGCAAUGAAGAACCAGCGAACAUCGUCCUCGCCGUGACCAAUCGAGAGGGUGACAAAGUUAACCUUAGGUUGCGCAAUAUAUUGUUACUUCUAUGGGCGCAGAAAGCGCAGUGGGACGUAAGCGAUGUUCUCGUGGGUUUUUCUUCGACACAUCUCGUGACAGCGCAAGAGGAGUUCGCUCCAGAUUAUGUUCUGAUGGACUUCUAUGAGUUGUCACCGCAGUUUGCCGUUCACAAAAACCAAAUACGUCUUCACGACUGUGAACCCUUUAGUCGGUUUGACGUACGCUUUGAUCCGCACAAUCGCUUCAUUUCUACGCUCGUCUAUAAUCAAGAAGACUAUACAAUCUUCAACGUUAUCAUUGGAGAUUUCAACGCCAAGGUUGGACCAAUAAGAACGUAUGAAGAACGUCCCACUGGGACCCACGAAUUGGAGUGGAACAAACAAGGUGAAGGGCUGUCUGAGUUUAUUAUGCCGACCAAUACAAUUCAUGAUCAAGAGCAUCCUUGUGGACUUCGUCAUCCACUCUUUGUGUCUCGCCAAGAAAUGUCUGUCGAAAAUCUCAUCGAUAAUAUCGUGACAUCGUUUCUUCGUCGAACGAAAGAACUUGAACGAGCACGUUACCGAGGCAGUUGGGAUUAUGAGACGGACGUCCACCAUAUUGAUGACCAAGGUAUCUGCACGAUAAUUAUUGUGUGCAUAUGCGAAAUUGAACUACCGAUGAAGGGUGGUGAAAGCACUCAAGAUAUCUUUUAUCUGUGUGAACUUCAAACGCGAUGGGAUAUCAUCAGCGGUUUGAGUUUUGGUGGGAAAUGUCACGUCAUGGGAGAGUUGCCGCAAAAAAAUUUGUUCAAUCCAGGUCUUUGGUAUCCAUUUGAAAAAUUUCCGGCUGAGAGAGAAGUUCAUUCAUUCAACAUUCGUUGUGAAGAACUAUACUUUGGGUUGAAUCCAGGCUGCUGUAUACCCAUCCUGUUCUAUCAGAUCUGUCGCAAUAUAUGUUGGAGUGAUCAGGACGAAUUUUUUAUAAUCAAUAAAUCAUUUUGUGACUAG